CGGCCGGCGGGACGCAGGCAGGGCGAGAACCAUGUGGGUGUUCGGUUACGGCUCCCUCAUCUGGAAGGUGGAUUUCCCCUACGAGGACAAGAUGGUCGGGUACAUCACGGGCUACAGCAGGAGGUUCUGGCAGGGCAGCACCGACCACCGCGGGGUGCCGGGCAAGCCUGGAAGAGUUGUGACUCUUGUUGAAGAUCCUGAGGGUUGUGUAUGGGGUGUUGCUUACAGAUUGCCCGCAGGACAAGAAGUUGAAGUAAAGGCAUACCUCGACUUCAGAGAGAAAGGAGGCUACAGGACUACAACUGUCAUUUUCUAUCCAAAAGAUCCCUCAAUAAAACCAUUUAAUGUAUUAUUAUAUAUUGGAACUUGUGAUAAUCCUAACUAUCUUGGUCCAGCACCCCUAGAAGACAUUGCUGAACAGAUUUUUAAUGCAGUUGGUCCUAGUGGAAGAAACACAGAAUACUUGUUUGAACUUGCCAAUUCCAUCAGGAAUCUUGUACCAGAAGAUGUGGAUGAGCAUCUCUUCUCUCUAGAGAAACUAGUAAAGGAACUCUUGGAAAGAAACCAAAACCUCAAUUGCAUAUAA